GGGCGCCCCCCGCGGGCCGGCAUCGCGGCCGUGCGGCGGCCGCGGCGGUCGAUGUGAGGCCGGGCGGCGCCGGGGCAUGGCGCAGCGGGCGGGCAGCGCGGCGGCGGACGAGCUGUCCAACGCCGCGGCCCGCGGGGACGUGCAGCGGGUGAGGGAGCUGCUGGACGGCGCGGCGGACCCCAACGCCGUCAACUCCUUCGGCCGGACCCCCAUCCAGGUGAUGAUGCUGGGCAGCCCGCGGGUGGCCGAGCUGCUGCUGCAGCGCGGCGCCGACCCCAACCGCCCCGACCCGCGCACCGGCUGCUUCCCCGCGCACGACGCGGCCCGCGCCGGCUUCCUGGACACGCUGGCGGCGCUGCACCGCGCCGGGGCGCGCCUCGACCUCCCCGACGGCCGCGGCCGCCUCCCCCUCGACGUGGCGGCGGGGGGCCCCCACGGUCCCGUGGGGCGCUUCCUGCGACAGCCCGCGGACGGACCCCUUCCCUAAUUUAUCGCCCGGGGCGGCGAAGGACGGCGGGGGUUUGCCCGCCCGUGCUUUGCGCUCCUCCUUGCUUUGCCCUCCCCUCUCUCCCUUUUGCACACUGUGAAGAUGAAUAUGAAGGAUAAAGCCGCACGGAUGGCACAAUCAAGCCCUCGUGUCAUGGUUGGGCGUCGUGUUUGGCCUCCCUCUCCGGGCCCCCCGCUCGCACUGCAGACCCCUCUGCCCAAAACUGCGAGGCACCUUCCCCCGUCUCGUUUAAGUAAAAUAAGGCAGCGGGGGCGUUGGAGCCUGUCUCUCCCUAGCAAGGCAGUGGGAAAAUAAGGCUUUGGCAAAUACCUUCUUAAAGCCACGUAAGGUGCUGUACAUGUCUGUGCAUGGGCCCGUGGCGCAUCCGUGGCUCCUCUCAAGAGGUUAGUAAACAUGGGACCUGGAAGGAGAAAAUAAAGAGCGAUUUGUGUCUCUGCAAGCCCGAUGCCGCCCUUGCUUGACGUGAUACGUGCAGGUGACCUUCCCUGAGCUACUGCAAGCUUAACGAUAUUUUGCAAGAAAUGAUGGGGGUUGCAAAACGAGGGCGUCAUGUAGCUAAAAAUUAAAAAAUCGUACGUCCAGGCUCGGCCCCAGCGUUUCCUCAACCUGCCUGAAAGAGGAACACUCGUUGAAGAGAUAACCGAGCCGAAAGACAAUACAACGACUCUGCUCCUGCAGGAGGAGUGGGGUGGAGCGGGGGGAGCUAGAUUAAUCGCUUGAGGACUGAUGCCUGUCUCUGCGGCUGCACAGGCGUGGGAAAGACUCGCGUGAACCUCCCACGCGCGACAGCCCCGGAGCUGGUCACGGAGAGGGCAGCGAGACAGACCGGCGAGGCAGCUCCGACCUCACACCCCGGCGUAAACCCUGUGCACUUCGUCGAGCUACCCGUGAAGAAUCCGAGGCAAAAAGAGGUUUCUCUUCGAUGUGCGUUCAUCGUUUCCACCUCUUUUAUGCAUAAACAGUAAGAAUAAUAUAUAUGCUUAUAUAACUUAAUGUAAUUUAUUAAAAUACGCCAUUCGCGACAACAUAAUUUCAUGCAAUGCCUGCUUUAUAAUUUCUUCGUGUAAGUUGAUAUUUUAUAAACGCGUGGUUAUGCCGUUUAUCUAUUUAACGUGUCCAUUUCGGAAAAAGAUAAGCACACACAUAUGUAUAUAUAAAAACAUUUUGAUUGUCUAUCAA